UGUUGGAGGAAAUCUCGAAGAGAGAUAAACGGUUUUAAUCUGAGAGGGACGAGCUGCAGCUACAGCACAUGGUCAGCGCCGAGUGGAGUGGGAGGGUGGAUGUGGACCCGCUGUUUAUUGACCCUCGCCGUGUGAGAAACAUUAAACCGGCGGUGGAGAGAGAGACAGACAGACAGACAGACAGACAGACAGAGGAGUUUCUGCGCGAGUUUGCGUUCUGACUGGGAAGGAAAAAAAGUGGAAAAUCGGAUUAAGGCUGAAGACUGAGCCCUGAUCAUCCUGAAGCUGGAGUUUAACAUAAAAUAACGCUGCUGUCUUACAGACUGCAUUAAUGACAUCUCGGGACAAGAGCCGGCUUCCGGUGCCGUUAGAUUUCCCUCAACUGGUUACUAUAGCAAUUAGACUGCUAAUUAAUCUGUGCUCUAAUUAAUGACCAUGCUCCUGUCACGGGUGUUCCCGACUUGGACGUUUUGCUGAUUAAUAACCAUCUCAUCAGCACGUUUUUAUUUUUACUUUUUUUUUUGACAGUCGAAGUGUAAAGGGGACAGCUGGAUAACCGAGCACUCUUCACUUCACUCUGUGGGAAAAUUAAUUAGCAUAAUUAGCUAAAUCUGCAGAAAAUACAAACAAGCGAAGAUGUCGACCAAAGAACCGAAAGAAAAACAGUCGACCACUGAGCGUAUCAUUAAAACCGUGCCCCUUCCGCCUCACCAGCGGCUCACCAUGAAGGAGCUGUUCGUGAAUGGCAAGCCCAACACGGAGCUGCUAAAGAGCCACUUGGUGAAGGAGGGCCGCGUCGAGGAAGAAGUCGCCUUGCGCAUCAUCAACGAGGGCGCCAGCAUCCUGCGCCGGGAGAAGUGCAUGCUGGAGGUGGAGGCGCCCAUCACUGUAUGUGGUGAUGUCCAUGGGCAGUUCUUUGACCUCAUGAAGCUUUUUGAGGUGGGAGGCUCACCAGACAACACGCGCUACCUCUUCCUCGGUGACUAUGUUGACAGAGGUUACUUCAGCAUUGAGUGUGUGCUGUUCCUGUGGGCGCUGAAGAUCAACCACCCGACCACACUCUUCCUGCUCAGAGGCAACCAUGAGUGCCGGCAUCUCACAGAGUACUUCACCUUCAAACAAGAGUGUAAAAUAAAGUACUCGGAGCGCGUCUACGAUGCGUGCAUGGAAGCGUUUGACUGUCUGCCCCUCGCCGCUCUCCUGAACCAUCAGUUCCUCUGCGUUCACGGAGGCCUUUCGCCCGAAAUCAACUGCUUAGACGACAUUAGGAAAUUAGACAGGUUUAAGGAGCCGCCAGCGUUCGGGCCAAUGUGCGAUCUAAUCUGGGCCGAUCCGGGCGAGGAUUACGGCAGUGAAAAGACCUCUGAGCACUUUAACCAUAACUCAGUACGAGGCUGCUCGUACUUUUUCAGUUAUCCUGCUGUCUGUGACUUUUUGGCAAACAACAACCUGCUGUCAGUGAUAAGAGCACACGAAGCCCAGGAUGCAGGGUACAGGAUGUACAGGAAAAGCCAGACGACCGGCUUCCCCUCGUUAAUCACCAUUUUCUCUGCUCCUAAUUACCUCGACGUGUACAACAACAAAGCUGCUGUCUUGAAGUACGAAAACAACGUCAUGAACAUCCGGCAGUUUAACUGCUCCCCGCAUCCGUACUGGCUGCCCAACUUCAUGGACGUGUUCACGUGGUCGCUGCCCUUCGUCGGCGAGAAAGUGACCGAGAUGCUGGUUAACGUGCUGAACAUCUGCUCGGAUGAUGAGCUCAUGUCCGAGGGCGAUGACCUGUAUGAAGGCGGCGCGCCAGCAGCUCGUAAGGAGGUGAUCAGAAAUAAAAUCCGUGCCAUCGGUAAGAUGGCCAGAGUUUUCUCCGUGCUCAGAGAGGAAAGCGAGAGUGUUUUGACCCUAAAAGGACUGACCCCGACCGGGACGCUACCUCUGGGAGUGCUGUCUGGAGGCAAACAGACCUUACAGAAUGCCACCCUAAUGGCGAAGGAGGGCAAAGCUAUCCAAGGCUUCUCCCCAACACGGAAGAUCCGAAACUUUGAGGAGGCGCGCGGCCUCGACCGGAUUAACGAGCGCAUGCCACCGCGGAAGGACAGCCAGCGUACUCCAGGCAUGACCGUGACUGAGAAGAACGGCACAGACGGGACGGUGUAAAGACUCCGCCCAUCUCCACUGCAGUGUUCGAUCUCUCUCUGUUAAACUCUACUGUAGAGACAGAACCGGAACCCUCCUACUGUAACGGAGAACCCAGGACCUGCGACUCCAUGAGUCCAGAGAGAGGAUAAAUCACUCACCACUACAAGUUUGUAAUUGUUCAAACGAAACGUAUUGAAUAUUAGCUGUACAUGCUAGCAGUGUUUUCAACCAUGGACGAGUUUUUGAGACGCUCCGGAUCUCCUUCAGUUUUCCCCAGACGCAAAACGUGUACAGCGUCGUCUGUUGAGUUGAGGUGGAAACUGAUGGUUUUCCAAAGUCUUAUGUUUACGCUUGCUUGGUAACGGGUCAUGGGAUUCCAAACAAUCGAGUCGACUUUAAUUCGGGUUCUUCUCAGUCAAAGCUUCAAAGUGACAAAAGUUUGAACAUAAAACUGUCAAUUGUCAUUUUAAUUCAGAGUCAAAAACGUACUUGGCUUUCCAGAAAAAGAAAAAAAAAAGUUUGGAGAGUUCAUAAUGUCUUUUGAGAUGAUUUAAAGACAAAAUGUUUGAAGUAACAGGUUCAUUUUUAUUUAUUUAUUACCCUCGGAUUAUUUUGAUUAUUGAAGGACGUGUCUGUCAUCCUACAUUGUUCGUUUUAGUGGAAAAUUAAAGCCGUCCAAAACCAAAGACAUCUUUGGACGGCUUUGUUUCUUUCUUGGGUGUAGCCAAAUGGACUCUGCUAAACCCUGACAAUGGCUGGGAUAGUCCCUUUUAAAAAAAAAAAAAAGAGAGAGAGAAAUUCCCAGAGCUAAAACUCAUUACUUGCAGUAUUUUUAUUGUGGGAAUGUGUGCAGUGAUUGCCUGAUAAUCGAUGCUUUGUGUGUGCGCGCGCAUGCGCGUUAAACAUUAACAAAGCUAGUUAAACUUUCGCCAGGUGGGUCAACACAAACCUCGCCAUGGUGUGGAGCCAAACAAUCUCAUGCUCGCUCUCUCUCUCUCUUUUCUCUCUCCUCCUUCUCUCUUCUCUCGUGCACACGCGCUCUCUCUCUCUCUCCCUCCCUCCUCUUACUCUCUCCCUGUUUCUCUCCUACCCUCCCUCCUCUCUCUCUCUCUCUCUCUCUCUCUCUCUCUCCUCUUUCUCUCUCUCUCCCCCUCCCUCCCUCCUCUCUCUCUCUCCCUCCCUCCUCUCUCUCUCCCUCCCUCCUCUCUCUCUCUCCUCUUUCUCUCUGUCUCUCUCUCCCCCUCCCUCCCUCCUCUUGCACUCUCUCUCUCUCUCUCUCUCUCUCUCUCUCUCUCGCUUUCAAACAAAAAUUUGCAUUAAGAUUGGUGGUAUUUUAUACGUGUUCUUUGAUUUGAUUGUAAUUCGGAAAACUCUUGUAUGAUGGAAAAUAUCUUGGUACUGAUGACUGACUGGAAGGACAUGGAAGGAGAAAUUGAAACUACUCGUGCUAUGCACAAGAGCAUUAAGUCUUUAAAGGAAAAAAAAAAAAACUAAUGCCAUUGGGAGGGAAAUGAGUUUUUUGAGACACUCUGGUUAAAUUCUAUCCUGUAUUUAAAUAACGUUGAUGGUACUGUAUUUUAAAAUACUCCCAUUCGUGAUACUUGCUGUUGUGCUGUACUUAAGAUACAUGUCUGUUUUUUUGCUAUUUUAUUCAAUUUCCCAGAACGAACUUUCUUUAAGCAGGACUGUGCCGAUCAGUACGCUUUCCCUCUUCAUUCCAGGGUGGCUGGAAAAUGGCGCGGUCAAUUUGAGUUGCAAGUCGUCGUCAACUUUAUCUGGAGUAUUGUCUUCGUCUUUCAUCUGUAACAGUGGACUUUUUAACUUUGCUACAUGAAUCACUUUGAUGAAAAGUCAUGAAGAAAAUUUUUCAGUUGGCACUCAACCCAAAUUAGCUCCACCUCUUGGUUAUUUGGUUUGUACAGGGAUGGACAAACCGGUAGACCAAGACUCUGGGAUUAACGUAUUUUGUGUCCGAGUUUUUUUUUGCUUUAAAUACAUAGUUGCUCUGCGGAUGAAUUAUGGUGGCGUGACGCACAUCGAUUCUGUACCUGAGCUACUUGUCCUAAAUCUCACCACCUGCUGCACUACACACACAGGCCAAGGUGAUCUGAUGUACAAAUCAGGUUAUUUGAUACGUUCUCUUUUCAGAACAUGCAGGUUUGUGGAGGCAAAAUAAAGUUUAACAUAAAAAUCCGGCCUGUAAGCUAACUCUUGCUAGCACAACAUAGUCAAAUCAUGGUUGAGUAUACCCAGAGAAAAUAACACGCACGAAUAAUAUAUUUUUGUCUAGUAUGAUGUAGGGAUGUUAACCGAUGACUGUUUGACCGGUGGUUGACCGAAUCAGCGUCAACCGGUUUAUUUUUUUUUGGUUGUCGGUUAAAAAAAAAAUCAAUCGUUUUGAAGCUGCCGAUUUUGGAGCGGACAGCUGACAAAUCAGAAACACCCAUUCAGUCAUGUCCUGCCCAGCUGCCACUCGGUGAAAGAAAAUUGUAGACACCGGCUUUUUAGCUUACAAAUUACUAUUGUUUUUUUUUAAUUAUUAGAAGGCACAUGGAGUUUAGUCCUGCCUUGGCCAGUGCAUUCUGAAAGGAUGUUUUGGUCUGUAGCCAACAAUGCAUGUUAUUGCAGAUCAUAUCUCUCCACACAAACUAAAGGCGCAGAUGCCGACUUUUUUUUUUAAUUUAAUCGCGCAGAUCCGUUUGUUUUUUUGGGGGGG